AUGUCGACACUGUCGGCCGAAUCUAUCGAAGGUACCAAAAACGUUGUCGCGACCUUCAAGACAUGGCUACAAGCGCACGAGGAGGCUCAGAUAAUGCUGGCCAGCGUAUUAGUCGUAGUUGGUCUGUGGUGGCUAGUCAGAACUAUUUUAUCACUCCUAAUAAAUAUUAUCUGCCCCAUACUAGUCGUCUUAUUGGCUGUGAUGUGUAUUCCACAACUGCGGGCACCGCUCCUAGGGCAGAACUACCCAUUAUUGGCAAAUUUGCUUCGUGACAUAUUCCUCAAGAUGGCGGAGAAUAUGAAGAAUUGA